GCUCUCGUAGGCGGUUCCGGUCCUGUAUCUCGGGGCGGCGGCGGCUCAUGGCGGCGACGGAGCUGAGAGGGCUGGUGGGGCCGGGCCCGGCGGCCAUUGCAGCUCCGGGCGGCGGCGGCACCGGUCCCCCCUCGGUGGGAGGCGGCGGCGGCGGCCGCGGAGACUCGGGGCCGGGCUCCGGGGCCGCGCUGGGCACGGUGGCCGCGGCGGCGGCGGGCGGCCCGGGCUCCGGCGCCGGGGGAGUGGCGGCUACGGGCCCGGCCCCUGCGCCGCCGGCGGGGGGCUCCGGCGGCUCGGGCGCCGGGGGUUCGGGCUCGGCUCGAGAGGGCUGGCUCUUCAAAUGGACCAAUUAUAUCAAAGGCUACCAGCGGCGGUGGUUCGUGCUGAGCAACGGGCUCCUGAGCUACUACAGGUCAAAGGCCGAAAUGAGACACACCUGCCGUGGUACCAUCAACCUCGCCACGGCCAACAUCACCGUGGAGGACUCCUGUAACUUCAUCAUUUCCAACGGGGGUGCUCAGACCUACCACCUGAAGGCGAGCUCAGAAGUGGAGCGACAGCGCUGGGUGACAGCCCUGGAGCUGGCCAAGGCGAAGGCCGUGAAGAUGCUGGCGGAAUCGGAUGAGUCCGGAGAUGAAGAGUCUGUGUCACAAACCGACAAGACCGAGCUGCAGAACACCCUCCGGACGCUGUCCAGCAAGGUGGAGGACCUGAGCACGUGCAACGACCUGAUCGCCAAGCACGGCACUGCGCUGCAGCGCUCCCUCAGCGAGCUGGAGUCCCUGCGGCUGCCCGCCGAGAGCAACGAGAAGAUCAAGCAGGUCAAUGAACGGGCCACACUCUUCAGGAUAACGUCCAACGCCAUGAUCAACGCCUGCAGAGACUUCCUCAUGUUAGCCCAGACCCACAGUAAAAAAUGGCAGAAGUCCCUCCAGUAUGAAAGAGACCAGCGUAUCCGCCUGGAAGAGACCCUGGAGCAGCUGGCGAAGCAACAUAAUCACCUGGAGAGGGCCUUCCGGGGCGCCACUGUGCUGCCUGCCAACACUCCCGGCAGCACUGGUUCUGGAAAAGAUCAGUGCUGCUCUGGCAAAGGAGACAUGAGCGAUGAGGAUGAUGAGAAUGAGUUUUUUGAUGCUCCUGAGAUCAUCACCAUGCCUGAAAAUUUGGGCCACAAACGUACUGGCAGCAACAUCAGUGGAGCCAGCAGUGACAUCAGCCUGGAUGAGCAGUACAAGCAUCAGCUGGAAGAGACCAAGAAGGAAAAGAGAACUAGGAUACCAUACAAGCCAAACUAUAGCCUCAAUUUAUGGAGCAUCAUGAAGAACUGCAUUGGGAAAGAACUCUCAAAGAUCCCCAUGCCGGUGAACUUUAACGAGCCCUUAUCCAUGCUUCAGCGCCUUACUGAAGAUCUGGAAUACCACGAGCUGUUAGACCGAGCUGCAAAAUGUGAGAACUCUCUAGAACAGCUCUGUUAUGUUGCAGCUUUCACCGUGUCCUCCUACUCCACUACUGUCUUCCGUACCAGCAAGCCAUUCAACCCACUCCUUGGGGAAACCUUCGAGCUGGACAGAUUAGAGGAGAACGGGUACCGAUCCCUCUGUGAGCAGGUGAGUCAUCAUCCCCCUGCUGCUGCACACCAUGCCGAGUCCAAAAAUGGCUGGACAUUGCGUCAGGAAAUCAAAAUCACCAGCAAGUUCCGAGGCAAAUACCUCUCCAUUAUGCCCCUCGGUAGCAUCCACUGUAUUUUCCAUGCAACUGGGCACCACUACACUUGGAAAAAAGUUACCACAACGGUGCACAACAUUAUCGUGGGCAAGUUGUGGAUAGAUCAGUCGGGUGAAAUUGAUAUUGUGAAUCACAAGACGGGCGACAAGUGCAAUCUUAAAUUUGUUCCUUAUAGCUACUUCUCUCGUGAUGUAGCAAGAAAGGUGACCGGGGAAGUGACCGAUCCAUCAGGAAAAGUUCACUUUGCCCUUCUGGGGACAUGGGAUGAAAAAAUGGAUUGUUUCAAAGUACAACCAGUCAUUGGGGAAAAUGGGGGUGAUGCUCGACAGAGAGGCCAUGAGGCAGAGGAAAGCAGGGUCAUGCUAUGGAAAAGGAACCCUUUACCGAAGAACGCAGAAAACAUGUACUACUUCUCAGAGCUCGCUCUCACGCUCAAUGCCUGGGAAAGUGGCACUGCCCCCACAGACAGCCGAUUGCGGCCCGACCAGAGACUGAUGGAAAACGGGCGCUGGGAUGAAGCCAACGCUGAGAAGCAGCGCCUGGAGGAAAAACAAAGGCUUUCCAGGAAGAAGAGAGAAGCAGAAGCUAUGAAAGCCACGGAGGAUGGCACACCGUACGAUCCCUAUAAAGCACUGUGGUUUGAGCGGAAGAAGGACCCUGUUACCAAGGAGUUAACCCAUAUUUAUAGGGGAGGAUACUGGGAAUGUAAAGAAAAACAGGACUGGACCUCAUGCCCGGACAUUUUCUGAAAUGGCCGCAACAAAAAGGAGGAGGAUCCAAAGGAGAAAAUGACAGAGGAUGUGCGGGAAAGCUGGCGUUUGUGACUCCUACCAAGCGCUUUCCUCCAGUUUGUCUGUCUUAACCAAUCAUUUUUUCCAAAUCAAUCACCAGAAGCAGACACCAGUGGUGGUGAUUGGCUGGUUGCCUUAGCUGAUUGAAACUGAAAUCGCCAUACUAGAUACCUAUGUUUGUAAGGGGGAGGGUGAGUGGCUGAAAGUUGGCGUUACAGCCCUUCUGCAAAGUCAAGUACUCUCGACUCUUCCUUCUCCCUCUGCCCCCAUUUUAAGAUGACGUCAUUCACCCUCCCCUGUAGUAUUCUGCUCAGCCAAGGUCCGCAUGAGAUUAUGAUUCAGGGGCAUUUUUGGUGCUGUUCAGAGCAAGAGCUGAAUUUAGAAGUUCCUUCAGAGAGGAAGCACAUAAGACUUACCAACGGAGGCAUCGUGAAUGACUGCAGUGGAGCUUAGGCGUAGCGUUACGAGGCGGGGCCACAGACGGGGUCAGUUUAAUGGGGUGUCCACCCAGAGGUAACUGCGGUAUCGGAACGCUGGCGAGGGGGCUUGUUCUAUAAGGUUGGAAUAUUCAGAGUGACAUUCUUAGAAGUUUCUAUCUUACGUAAAAUACCCUUCUGCGGUCCUCCCUCUUUGACAACGACCGGAGGCCGCUUUGGUGGUUGGUAGGAGGGGCACGUUAUCCUCACAAGGGAGUUUUCUGGACUUCGUCAGGCCGAGAACUUCUGAGAACACAAAGCAGGAUGGAAGAGACCGCUAGUCACUUUGCCGUCCCCGUUCCUCCUCACCCCCAUCCUUCAUCGCCUUUCUUGCCCCCACCCCCAUCUCCCUCUCUCUCAGCACGAUACCAGUUUGGGUCUGGGCCCCCAUGCAGAGCAAAGCACUACCUGCCCUAUUCUGACAUCCUUCAGAAUUUGAGAGAAGGACUUAAUUUGGAACAAAAGUUUUCACCAUCUCUCAAGCCCUACGGACUGGAGCCACCUCUCGAAUAAUGUGUUAAAUACCUGUAUAUUAUAUAUAUGUAGAGAAAAAUCUAAUUUUUUUGUUUGAUCUUCCUCCUUCCCAUUAAGAAUCUUGUUUUUUGGUAUCAUUUGUCUCCCUGGGACUCUCUCUUGGACACACUGAUGUGGGCUGGGGCCUCCCCUGUCUUCCGUCUUUUAGGGGCAGGCAGAUCCAGAACGUGCGUAGGGUCACAUCUGGCAGUUACUGAGCAGGGACUCGAUCCCUGGUCUGUGUCAUGGAGUGCCUGCCCACUGCUGUCUAGAUUCUGCUCUCCUGAUUGCCUGACUCUUGAAAAUGAAAUCCUAACUCUUCCCGCCUUUUUUCCUUCUUCUGUUAGGAAGAGCGUGGGUAGAGAGGACGGUGAUUUCCAGUUUAAUUCUGCCUCUGUCCAAAUCGCAGCACGCACAGCUGAUUCCCAAAAGAAACUUCUUCCCAGGACGUGGGGCCGAAAGUGCCGUCAUGUUGGGGUGGGUGAGAGAACCACGCCUGUCGGGCCUUGGCUUCCUUCAUUUUGUAUUCUGUAUUUGUUUUAGCUGUCCUGUUCAGAGAUCUACCCCUGUGCAGCCCACCCUUGGUUGAGGAUCACAAAUUGAGGUGCCUUCCUUGUAUGCUUUUUGUUAGUGUUUUUUGUUUCUGUUCCUUAACUGCUGAGCCUCAGCCAGUGUGGGUCCUGGGGGAAAUAUCAUUCCAGAGGAAGCCAUCCCUGCACGGAAAUGGGAUUUACACUAGACGAAUUAGUACUCCUGUUCCUUCCUCGCCAUCCCUCCCUUCCUAUCUGUGAUGCACUUGAGAAAGGGGCAGCCGCCGGGGAGUUUCCUCUAAGACCCCAAUUCCCACUGUAAGCACGGGGUUGCGCUGGGCCUUCUUGCAAGGAGGCCUGUAAAGGCUGUGACCUAAUCAGGGGACUUCAGCCAGAGCGGGGAUUCCUCAACCAAACUGAACGGCUCUGCUUUAUCCCCGCCCCCCCGCCCCUCCCCUUCUUCCUUCACCAUCUGCACUACAUUUCCAGCCUGAUCCCCAGUCAGAUUCCUGCUAAUGGAGAAGCUUUGAGUCCUUCAGGUGAAAUGAAGUCACAUUGAAACAAAACUAUAUAUAUUUUCGUUUUUUUUUUUUUUUUUUUGCCUUAUUGUUUUUUUUUUUUCCAAGAAAACUACUAAAUUAAAUAAUUUUUAAAAAGUCAUAUCGUUUGUCUGAUUCACUUGUACUCCCACCAGGGAAGCAGUGGUGGAGGAGGGCCUGGAGGACUGGCCCAGUGCUGGUUCGUUCUUGGGAAGUGGGCAGCUGAUCUUCGCAAGAAAUUGAAAGAAGAAUGGGGCAUGGGUUUCUAGGCGUUCCAACCAUUUGGCAACAUUCUCAAGGGCCCGUGGACAGCAGAGUAGUUUCAACAGGCCCUUCCGCUUUGAUGGCAUGUAACCGUCAGUGUCCCACCUUGGUUCUAGGGGAAUCGUGUCUAGUGCUUUUGAUGUUGAGCCUGUUUCACCUCCGAAAAAUAAAAGUUUUCUUGAAUGUAA